CCACAAUUCCAAGGUUGAAGGAAAAAAAAUAGACCACAAAAAAGUAAUUUUCUAGCUUAAUUCGUUUGAAUCAAACACUAAAUGCGAAACAGAGUGAAAGAUUAACCAUUUAAGAUUUGUUUCAGUUACAUCUCAAGUUUAAUAUCUGUCAUAUUUUUCAGAAAAUGGCCCACGAACAGACCUAAGUAUAAGUGAAAGAUAUGACGUCACAAACGUAAAUAAAGAGUUGAGACAUCGGAUUUUGACAGAUUGUGACAUAACUUUUAUUUUUAUGCGCAGUAUCUGUUAAAUUAAAGUAUGGAUAGUGAAGAAGAUGAUAUGAUCUAUGAAGAAGAGGACGAAGACUCUGCGGAGGCCAGCAAUGAUGACGACUAUGUUGAUAUUGCUAUGGAGCCAGAGCCUUCCACAACAGCUGAUUCAAGGGAACAAGAACACUUUCCAUAUGAAGUUCUCACUGCAGACAGGAUUGUACAUGUUAUGGUUGAAUGUAUUAAAGAAGUCAAUGCAGUUGUUCAGAUUCCAUCAACUAUAACCAGGAUUCUUCUAAACCACUUCCGAUGGGACAAAGAAAAGUUGAUGGAAAGGUACUACGAUGGUGACCAGGAUAGUUUGUUUUCUGAGGCACAUGUUGUAAGCCCUUACAGGAAAGACCCUAGACAAAAGAGAAGUACCCGAGGAUCAGGCGGUGGGGCCUCAUCCAGUGAGAUUCUCUGCGAGAUCUGCUACUUCACUAAGCCAUCAGCAGAGAUGACUGGCCUUGAGUGUGGCCACAAAUUCUGUCAUGGUUGCUGGACUGACUAUCUCACUUCAAAGAUCGUGGAUGAGGGGAUGGGACAGACUAUUGCCUGUGCAGCCUAUGGUUGUGAUAUCCUCGUGGACGAUGUUACUGUCAUGAAUUUAAUUACUGAUGCAAGGGUUCGGUUAAAGUACCAGCAUCUUAUCACAAAUAGUUUUGUUGAGUGUAACCGGAUGUUAAGGUGGUGCCCCGCCCCAGACUGUGGUCAUGUAGUCAAAGUUCAGCACUUUGAUGUGAAACCGGUUCAGUGUGCAUGUGGACACAUAUUCUGUUUUGCGUGUGGAGAGAACUGGCAUGAUCCAGUAAAGUGUGUAUGGCUGAGAUGCUGGAUCAAGAAAUGUGAUGAUGACAGUGAAACAUCCAACUGGAUAGCUGCAAAUACAAAGGAGUGUCCUAAGUGUCAUGUGACGAUAGAGAAGGAUGGAGGGUGUAACCACAUGAUAUGCAAGAAUCAAAACUGCAAAGCAGACUUCUGCUGGGUGUGUCUCGGCCCUUGGGAACCUCAUGGAUCUUCAUGGUACAACUGCAACAGAUAUGAUGAGGAUGACGCCAAGAAAGCCAGGGACAAUCAGGAGCGAUCUCGAUGUCAGCUGCAGAGGUACCUGUUCUACUGUAACAGAUACAUGAAUCAUAUGCAGAGUCUAAAGUUUGAGAACAAACUGUACGCGUCAGUGAAGCUGAAGAUGGAGGAGAUGCAGCAGCAUUCGAUGUCCUGGAUCGAGGUCCAGUUCCUCAAGAUGGCUGUUGAUGUCCUCUGCUCCUGCAGACAAACUCUCAUGUACACAUAUGUCUUCGCUUUCUACUUGAAGAAAAACAACCAGUCAAUCAUCUUUGAGGAGAACCAGAAGGACCUUGAGCAUGCCACUGAGCAUCUAUCCGAGUACCUGGAGCGGGAGAUCACCUCGGAACUGCUGGUGGACAUCAAACAGAAGGUCCAAGACAAAUACAGGUACUGUGAGAGCCGCCGGAAGGUUUUGCUGGACCACGUACACGAGGGUUACGAGAAGGAGAUCUGGGAAUACCAGGACAUGUUGUGAUAGGAGUUCUCUCCCUUAGAAACUCUUCCAAACAUUAGAACAACUCCAACAAUUUUUAUUAUCGUUUAUCUGUCACUUUGUUGAGCAGUGUUUUAUGAAAAAUAAAGUAAAAAUAAUUGUGAUGAGUGUGUUGAAAGGGUGGAAAGUUGGAAGAGAUAUAAAUGUGACCACCGUUUAUUUGUUGUCUCAACAUUCUAUGUAAACUGGUGGUAAAGAUGUAAAGUUAAUGGAACAUAUAUAAUUGAGCACUGAGUGCUUUGUUCCAUGUAACAUAGACUGGAAUUGAGAUUGAAGAAUGUUCUUCAGUGAAGCCAUAGUUAAUUUUUUUAAGGUGAUUGUGAAAGUAAGGCUGUAGUGUGUACUGAGCUUCACCAUCCUCGGACUUCAACAGGCUUGUACAGCUGCUCUCGUAGUUACGAUCACUUGUAUUCAGAACAUUGUGAUAUGCAUCCUGAUGUCAUUUAACCUGUAUUUUUGUUUGAAGGACUGUUGAACAGCUACAUUAUCUAUUUGCAUUAAGACAUUUUCACUGCCGUUGUAAAUAUGGAAAUUACCAGCUUAACAUGUUUAGUGUCUCGUAUUUAUGUAAAUAACUCCUAUUGUAAUCUGAACUCUUGUUUCCAAUCUCCUGUCACAUUUAACGUUGUAUGUCACAACUGCAUUAACACCAAGUAUGAAUCAGUUGAAUUCAAGUCAAGUUAUUUCUUGCCAUUAUUACCUUUACCUUUAAUUGUUUCUAGUGGUAAACUUAGGUAAUAUGUCUAGAAAAUUAAAAGAAUUGACUUCUGUUUUUAGAAAGUAUCAUUUCAAUUUCUCAAAUAUUGAGCAUUUGUUGUUGCUUUGCCCCUUAAUAUUGGGCGGAAGCAUGUCGGUAAAGGUUUUCUUAGCUUUUUAGUUUUACUUAAUGUGUAAAUAUAAACUAUGCUUUGUAUUUCAUAAUAUAGGUUGAAUGUUUUAAAAGCUGUGUAAAAUGAAGAAUUUCCAAGUCCAAGUUUUAUUAUACAAAAUGAUAUUUGUGAUCGAUUGUUGAUUUUGUUAUUUUGAGGAUUUAUUUGUGUAAAUGAAUUCUUUUAUGCAUGAUUAUUAAGAUUGUUUGACAAUUAUCUCAGAAUAUUUGUUUGCAAAUGGAAGUAGAGCAUGAAGACAGUAUUGAUUUAUAUACCUAGUGUCUGUAUUCCAGCAGACUUAAAAGUUUUAUUCAAGGCUGUAUUUGGUGAAAAAAGCAGCCAAUUGUAUAAACUGGUGAAGUCUUUGGUUUGGUCAAAGUUAGACAAAACUUUAUUGAUUUUACAUAUGAAUCCAAAACUUAGUAUUAACCAGAUAAAUCCCUUCAAUUUUCUAAAUGGUCACGUUUUAUACGAUUGGCUGUUGCUCCCUGCUGUCCUUAUUACACCAACCAUGACCUAAAGUAAGAGGCGCUCCACAGUGUUAUGUUUUUGUUUCAUACAAUACAUCAUAAAAUUAUUAAUACAAAUAAUGUAUGUUUAAAAUAAACCCAUAAAGAUCAUAAACAUUUUUUGAAGAGCAAAUACCUUUGCCCAUUUUUUUAAAAUUAUUUUUUAGCAUUCAUUGGUCAUAAGCUGAAAAUGUACUGUGAAGGUACACCUUUUUAUAACUAAAAUAAAUUGAAAAUGCUUCUUUUUGUGACGCUUGCAAAGAAUGGCAGAAACAUAGGGGUUACUGUUUCCAUUGCUUGUGUCACACUUUAAUUUCCCAUCAAUAACUUUUAAAUUACUUUUUGUUGAUUCUUCAAACUUGGUAUGCACAUUAAUCAUGGUCGGUAAAUGACCCUGAUUUGAUAUGUAGGUCAAGGUCAUGGUGACCUUAACUAGAAAAAUGAUGGACGCUCCUAUCAGGCAACACAUCCAAAUAAUGGACUAGUUUGGGUAAUAAAAGACAACAGUUGCUUUUCUUGAUUUAAAACAGGCUACAAAUUAUUACUUAUUGUUAUCAGAAAUCAAUUGUUGUGGAAACUAUAAGGCGUGUGUGUAUGCCGUUACAUCUAUGAUAAAUGUUCAAUCAGUUUCCUGUUCUAAACAAAUCAAACAUGGCGUAUACAUUAAACCUGAUAAUUUAUUUGUUUUGUUUUUAAUUGAAAAUUAUACUUAGUAAUAGGCCUUCAUUGUAAUGCCAUAUCCAUGUUAUAUAAAUUAUGUGAGUAUUUCAUUUAUAAAGCUUAACUUAAUUGUUCGUUAGGUACUUCAGAGCAGAGCAUUAACUUUUUACAUUCCAGUAUAAAGUUCUAAUACCAUGCAGUGUCCAUGAUUGUUUAUUGAAAAUUGUGCAAUGACUUAAUGUUUAGCACAUUAAACACAAUUUUACAAUACAUGUCUUGAUACGCAUGAAGGCAAUUAUAAAACUCAAUAUUCAUUAUGAUAGACUCCCUUACCCCCAUUCUUUGGCGUAGUACUUCUGUUGAUGUAAUAUUAUGCUUGGUUAAUUUAUUGUGUAUGAAACAAGAGUGUUAAGUUUGUUUGAGAUCGGACUGUAUGACUAGUUUGUGAUGUUUUAUUUGUGGAAUUUGCACAUUCAACAGUUUUACUUUGUAUAUGAACUUAUCCUAAUAAAAGGAAUCUGUUUUCA